UCGUCGUCGAGCAGCCAAACGGGCAGAUAAACGCGUCGCGGCGUGAAAUAAUAAUUUUUGAGAAAAAAAGGAAAAACAACAUUAUUUCUAAAAAAAAAUAUAUAUUUUUUGUUUUGUUUUAAACAAGGAGAAACAACACAAAAAUUUAGUUGUUUUUUUACAACAUUUUUCAUUAUACAAAAAGAAAAAUUCGGUGUUUUUUUCAAGUGUAAUUAAUUAAAGCGUUUUAAAAAAAGGUUUUAAUUAACGGUUUUAUUAAACAAAAAAAAAGUAAAUAAACUCAACUGUCAAACAAAAAUAGUGACAUUUUAAAAUUGCCAUUUAUAAAACAACAUAAAACUAAAACAUUUCUUGUAGUAAAACGCGGAAAAUUAUAUUUCAUGCUAAACAUUAAAUUUAAAAAAAAAAAUAGCACAAAAAUAUAAAAAUUAUUAACAUAAAAAAACAGCUUGGAAAUAUAAAAUUAAACAUAUUUAAAAAUUAUUUAAACUAAAAAUAUAAACGUGUGGCAUGUGAAAGAAGCAAAAACACGCCAAAGCUGCGUGAUCAUAUAAAUUUUUUAAUAAAUUUCUACAAAAAAAGCAAUAAAAACACAAGAAAAGAAAAAUUCUUGAAAAUUUUUUUUAUUAAAUUUAAAAAACGGUGAUAUUAUAUUUAAUAAAAUAAAACUAAAAGCUUACAAGUUCCUUAAUUAUAACAUUUUUUUUUAAAUUUUUAUUAAAAAGAAAAAACUUAAAAUAUUUAAGUUGUAAUGAUGAACAUAAUCGUGCCUCACGCUAUUGCCGUCCUCAAGUUAUAACUUUAGCCUCCAAGGCCAUGGUCAAUAAUGCUCAACAGCGUGCCACUAGUCCAAAUUUUGGUUCAACCAAUACUAUCACCAGUAAUAAUCGUUUGAUUAACAACAACAAUUUUAAUAACGCUUUCAAUCAGUUCAGCAGCAAUACAACUAAUAAUAACAGUUCAAAUACCGCACCCGAUAUGGGUCGUCGUUUAGAACGUAUGGUCUCAGCACCAUUGCUGCAAGCACAACCUAAAUCAUGUUUACGCCGUAAAUCCUGCCUACAUAAAUCUACCGCCGAUUCAGUUGAGGUUACAGAUAAAAAUACCGAUACGGAUAGUGUUUGUACGGAUCAGAAGAGUCGUGCCCGCAAAAAAGUCAUAUUUGCCGAUGAUGAAGGUCUAUCACUUACCCAGGUGCGUGUUAUGUCGGAGCCCUCGAAUGUGCCACCCUAUUGGAGUAUGAAAUUUUUGGAACAAAUUACUCAGGGUUUGGUGACACCACAUCCGGCCGAUCAGUGGACGGUCGAUUUUAAACAACCUGCCUCAGAUUAUUUAGCUUUUAGACAAUCUAUCGAGAGUAAUUAUGUCUCUUUGGAAAAUGUCAUUGUCAAAGAUGAGGAAUCCAUAGUGGUGGGCACCGUCAAGGUUAAAAACAUCUCCUUCGAAAAGGAAGUCAUUGUACGUGUUACCUGGGAUGACUGGAAGAGCCAACAGGAUAUAUUUUGUACCUACAAUAAAGCCUACGGUCCGGCCACCUGUGCCCAUGUCAUCUUCGAUACUUUCUCCUUUAAAAUCACCCUACCACCCUCUUCCAAACGUUUGGAAUUCUGUAUUUGUUUCCGAGCCGAUACCCAAGAAUACUGGGAUAAUAAUAAGGGUCUUAAUUAUACCAUCUCCAAAAGAUCACCCUUCUACUAUAAUGCUUUAUCGCCUUACGAUAAGAACUCAUCAUCUGCGUUAAACAAUAGCAAAACAACAACGUGUCAAAGUCAAGUGAGAUCGGCCCUAACGGAGGCCCUUAAUAAUACAACAAAUGAUUCCAAAAACAAUUGGCAUCAUGAACCCAGUCCCUAUUGGUAGAGUAGUGGACAGAAAAACCCUAAUAAGGUUUAUAAGAUUUGAGGUUAUAAUAUUUAUUUAUAAAUUUUAUGUAGCAAGGAACGAAAAGGCUUUUUAAAGCUACUUUUGGACCUCUAUAAGCAUAAAAAACUGCUCUAAAGCAAAACAAACUAUACAAAAUAGAUACAAUACAAUGUAUAAUUUAACAACUGCCUAAAAAGGGGUUGUAUUUUUUGGCGGCUCCAAUUAAGAAAACAAACCACUAAACUAUAUCAAAAACCAAGGUCUAAAGGUUUUAAACCAGACAUAAAUUAAAGUAGACAUAUGGCUCAAGCAUGUAACACGAAAAACAGAAGAACUUACGAGGACUGUUUAAACAAAACAACUAUAAAAACAAACUAAAACUAUUAAAGGAAAAGAAAAUAUAUAAAACUAAACUCCGAAACCCCGAAAUUUAUAUCAUGUAAAGGGAUUUAAAUUGUUUCUAAAAAAUAUUUAAACAAAAAUUUAACUAUUUAACAAGGAACUUCAAAAGCAACUCUUGUCAAAAUUAGUUGUCAAAAAUCCGGCCUUUCAAGUAUUAGUAAAGAAAUGUAAACUCUCAGUUUAGGGUUUUCAAACAGAGUUAAAUGAGAGAGUUUAGACAAGAGUUGUAGGUAUUUUGAAAACGCCAAAUAUAGAUUAUUAUAGAUCACUUGGUUUUCCAGGUGUUAUAACGCCAUUUUGCUUUUUAAAUACUUAUAUUUAGCAUACUUUUAGGUUGAUAUUUAUUGCUAUUUAUGUUGCCACAAAGUGUGUUAUUUAUAAAAAUUUUCAAAAUUGCCAACAAUUUAAAGAAUUUUUUUUUAAAUUUCUCAAUAAAUUUGGUGUUUCAAAUGGAUAUAACAAUAAAAUUUUGAAAUUCAGAAAUGUUGUGAAAGAUUUUCUAUAAAAAUUGUUUUAAAUUGUGAAAAACAGUUCUAUUCUAAAUUAUGUUUUGAAAAUUCUGAAGCUGUGUUUUAGAAUUUUUAAAGAAUUUCUUUGCAAGAAAAUUUUGUAAAAUUCCUGGUUUUGAAUUUAGAAUUUUCUUGCUAAAAAAUCAAAGGUCAGAUAUUGACAACUUGUAAUUGACAAGCUGUUUUCAAAAUAUGUAUUGCAAACUAAAGACUCAGUUAGUUUCAACGUUCUGUAACGUAACGUAUCAGCUGAUUUGUGUUUUAUCAUUACGAAACGGAACGUAGAAACUAACUGAGCCUUAAAAUGUCAAUUAUAAGGUUUCAAUAACUCACUUUAGUAAAGAUUUAAAACAAUUUUGAAAAUCUUAAUUAAUUUAACUGAAAUUCAGAAAAAAAACCUUAUUGAUCAUUAAGAAAUGUUACGUGGAUUGAGAUUUAAAACAAUUGGAUGAAUAUAUAGUGUUUAAAUAACUCAAACUUUUAUAUUCAUCUAUCUAAAUAAUUCUAUAAGGAAUUGAACUAAUUCAAUUUUAAAAAUUGUAAACAUUUUAAAACAAAACUUUUUAAUUUAAAAAGAACAUUUCAAAGAAAAGGUUUUGUCACAAAAUUAAGAGAUAAAAAAUCCCCAUAAAGGGAUCACUUUAAUGAACUUUUUGUACAACACGAUCAGUAAUUUAACAUUAUCACGCAAAUUUUUUUUUAAAUUAAUGAUCGUAGUGUCGUUAUAAGAUCGUUAUAAAGCUAAUAACAAGAGCCACAAUGCGUUAAAUGAUAACGAUCAAAAACUUUAUUCUACUGAGAGUUAACGAUCGUUAACGAAUGCUGCAAUUUGGUCGAUCAAAAUCUUUAUUUUACUGAGAGAUAACGAACGUUAUUGAAUGCUAAAAAUCUUUCUUUCAAAUGCUUUAAUAUUUCUUUUUUCGAAAUCUCUACCCAGAUUUUAUAGAGAUAAUAUAAUUUUUAUAAAAUUUCAACAAGGAUCUACUUUUCAAUACAGAUAAUACCAGAAAAUGGCCACUUUUUAUUCACAUUCAUAAAAAAGAAGCAAAAUCAAUAAAGUUUUUUAUGAAAAAGACCUCUUAACUAAUCACAACAGUUUUAAAAAUGGCAAACAUAACAUUGUCUUCCAUUUUCCAAGAAAAAUUGCAAUGUCACAGGGUUGCAUUUAAUGGACAUGUGACAGUUAUAAACAAUAUUUUUUGAAUAAAAAAACUACUACUUUGACACAACAACUAGCUAUAUCUAUAAUUAAAAAAAAUAAUAUAAAAAUAUUUCAAAAAAA